AUGUCCGAGCAGCACAGAAAUGGAUUAAACGUUAUUACGAAGACCCUGAAAGCAUCUUCGAAAAGAAGAGAAAGUCAGAAUCCUUCUGCUGUUGUAAUUGAAGUGGCAGAAAGUUUAACACAAAAUUUUGCGGAUCUUAAUGCUUCUCAUAGCACUAUUUAUAACUUUAUGACAACUGAGUGCAAUCUAUCUAUUAAGCAGGCGCAAUUCCAGCCUGUAGAAAGAAACAACGAAGAAAAGAUUCAACAAAGGUACCAUUGGGUACAAAAGUGGCAGCAAACUGACUUGGAUUUCACAACAAAUUGCGUCUUUCUUGAGGAGUCAGCCUUUCAUAUCAAUUUGAAACGAGGUAUGGCCUGGUCAAAGAAGGGAACUCCCGCCGUAAUUACAGUGCCUACAACUAAAGCAAACGCAACAUCGAUUUUAGGUGCAAUAUCUGCAACUGGUUUAAUCAAUGCCACUCUUGAUGAAAUGGACAAGUAUCCCGAUAUGAAGGGACAUUACCUUGGCAUGGAUAACGCUCCUAUCCACAGCUCAAGUGAUAUAGUGCUUUCCAAGGCUUUGUUUCUCAUUCUGCUAAAUGCUUUGACAAGUGUCUCCACAAAGAGAGACUAUAAAAUAUCCAAUGCAAAUAAAAAAAAACGCGCAACUCAACGCUCAACUCAACGCAACUCAACGCUCAACUAA